AUGGGAGGAACAUUCAGGAAGUGGUCCCCUGAAGCAGAGCAGGCUCUGAGGGACUGCUUUGGAACUACAGACUGGGAUAUCCUGCAGGGAUCACAUAGUGAGAACAUUGAGGAGGUUGUUGACUGCACUACUGACUACAUCAACUUCUAUAUGGACAUUGUAGUUCCAGUAAGAACAGUACGCUGCUAUGCUAACAACAAGCCAUGGAUUACAAGUGACAUCAAGGGCCUUUUGAACCAGAAGAUAAGGGCUUUUAAAGGCGGUGAUCAGCAUGAGCUCAAGCACAUGCAGAAGGAACUCAAAGUCCAGCUACGCGUGGCGAAGGAGCAGUACAGGAGAAAGCUGGUGCAAAAGUUGCAGAAUAACAGCACGAAGGAAGUGUGGGAUGGGAUGAAGAUCAUCACUGGCUGCAGCUCGAAGCGGGGUGCCACCAUCGAGAGAGACGUGAAGAGAGCAAACCAAAUGAACAACUUCUUUAACAGGUUUGAUCACCCUAACCCACUCUCACCUCGGAGUACUGCAUCCUCCACCCAUCCUUCUGCUGACACCAGCAUAGGAGAGAGUUUCCCCCCACCCACAAUUACAGCAGGUUUACCUGAGUAUAAAAGUUCUUUCUAG